GGAUUAUCUUUCAUGGGAAACGCAAAGGUGGCGUACGCAAAGUCUACAGAAUACGUUAGGCAGAGAUGGCGUACGCACAUGCUCCUCAAAUUAACUCACGUCCAUGGAGUUCUGUUCUUGUAACUAUGCGUGCAAGAAGUCUAUGCCCAUUUGGAUCACUUAACUUCAGAAAAUUUGGGAGGGAUGAAAUAUGUUCCCCCACUGGAAAAUUGACAAGGGCCACUGGUGAUGGCAGCUUCCGGAGGGUUGCUGAUGAAGAGGAGAAAGAAGUUGAAGAAGAAGACGCAUUUCAAGUGUUGACCGCUAUAACUAGCAAUUACAAUGACAUUGUAAUUGUAGAAACCCCCAAAUCCAGAGUGCUGCUACUCGACUCUUCUAAUAAUGUCCACAGCAUUCUUUACAAGGAGCAGAAGUGGACAGGUUCUUACUGGGAUGAGUUUGCUAGCUUGCCAGCUAUAAUUCCAAAAGGUCCAAUUGCUAUAUUUGGAUUGGGAGGGGGGACUACUGCCCAUUUGAUGCUUACUUCAUGGCCCUCGUUGCAGCUUGAAGGUUGGGAGAUUGAUGGAAUCCUAAUUGAUAAAGCAAGAGAUUUCCUUGGGCUAUCUGAUCUUGAGAAGCAUUCUCAUGAUGGCGGGAUACUCAACAUUCAUAUUGGUGAUGCCCUUGACCCAUCAGUCAGAAUCUCUGGGGGUUAUGCUGGAAUUGUUGUUGACUUGUUUUCUGAUGGGAAAAUUUUGCCUCAGCUGCAGGAGGCUGGCAUGUGGUUGGAUUUGAAGGAUAGAUUGAUGGUUGGUGGUCGGCUCAUGAUUAACUGUGGAGGGAAUGAAGCAGCCAAUGUCAUUGGCAAUGGUAUCUGCAGUGAAGUAUCCUUAACCAAUUGCUUCUGGCCACAAAAUUCAGUGAUCGAGGUGCUUUCGAAAGCAUUUCCUGAACAGUUAUGUUGGAAAAAACUGCCGAAAGGAAAGGGUGACAAUUAUCUUGCUCUGACUGGACCAUUUCCAGAAUUGCUCUCCUGGUCUACUGUUGUUCCGGAGCCUUUAAGAGGGAGUGUGAAGGAGUGGAGACCUUAUGAGCGCCUCUUGUGAUAUACAACCCGCUUUUCAAUUUGAUGGAUAUGUAGGUUAAUCAUCAACAAUGGUCCGAUAGAAGAUGGCCUAAUUAUUGUAGUAGCUAUAAUGAACUCUAGCUAUGUUCUUGAAGAGAAUAUUUCUUGAAUAUCAACAUCCUGCUGAGUUUUUUGAGUUGAAAUUUAAUAUAUUGUGUUUGUAGCUACCAAUUUCAUUUGUCA